AACAUCAAUGCGGAAAUCUCGACGGUGGAGAACAUCUGUAGAUCAAUCGAUUUUUUGAAUAUAUUCUCUUACAAAAAAUCACCAAUUGAAAUGACUUCAACAACUGCAAAAUUGUUGGGACUGUCAGCGUGCCGUGCGGCCGCAUUGUCGACGACAAUGCUGACGCGCCGCAAAUCGUCAAUAGAUGGAACAAAAACAGAAAGAAAUCGGAGAAGAGGAGAGUCGAUUGGUGGAGCAUUUACUGAUAUGAUUAAUAUUGAACCAACGAGUAUUAUUAAUAAAUCGACAGAAUUACUCCACGAGAGAUUUCUCCGAGAUAUGGUUCGUGUGGCUUGUCUUUUAUCAAUGAUAUCAUUAUGUCUUCAUACACCAGAAACUAUCAAAAUGUGGCCACCACUAAAUUAUAUAAUUCUGGCGAAUGACGUCAUUGUCACUUUGAUUUUUAUUGGAGAAGCCGCUGUUACGAUUAAUCAGAACGGUUUAUUCGAUAAUCAAAACUCGUAUUUACGGGAUCGAUGGUAUCAAUUUGAAUUUUUUCUUCUCAUUAAUCACAUUCUAUCAUGUGUUAUUCAUAUUUAUGAACUUUGCUCAAUAUGGUUUCCAGCACUUAAUUUUGUGUAUUAUCCAUGGCUUGGAGCACUUCGAUCAGCUCGACCAUUCAUUUUUCUUCGAUUUAUUCGAUCAAUAGUGAGGUUUAAACUUCCCAAAAAUCGAAUUAAAUUAAUCAUAAAACGAUCAUCUCAACAAAUCCAAAAUGUUACAAUAUUCUUCAUGUUUUUUGUAUUUUCGUAUGCAAUAAUGGGUGUUCAAUUAUUUGGACGACUCAAUUAUCACUGCGUUGUCAAUGGAACUGAUCCAAAUAAUGUUACAAUUGCCGAUCUAGCAAUCCCUGACACAAUGUGCUCACAGAAAGGAGCUGGUGGUUACGAGUGCCCAGGGAAUAUGGUUUGUAUGAGAUUACAACUGAAACCACAAGAAGAAGGAUUCUACGGACAAUUUAGUGAUUUUGCAAGCUCUUUGUUCACAGUUUAUCUGGCUGCAUCUCAAGAAGGAUGGGUUUAUGUUUUAUAUGAUUGUUUGGAUUCAUUACCUUCAUUUCUUGCAUUUUUCUAUUUUGUAACGCUCAUUUUCUUUCUGGCGUGGUUGGUGAAGAAUGUUUUCAUCGCCGUCAUUACCGAAACAUUUGCUGAGAUUCGUGUUCAAUUCAGUGAAAUGUGGCAGACACGUGAAGCAACAACUGAUCAUGUGUACACACAGAAACUGGAAAAAGAUGAAGAUGGAUGGAAAUUGGUGGAAGUUGAUAAAUACAAUAGAGCUCAUUCUAAUAAUUCACUUUUCUUGCAUACAAUAGUCACUUCAACAGCUUUUCAAACAGUCAUGCAAUUGUUAAUCCUUGCAAAUGCAAUAUUUCAUGCUACUUUUGUAUUUUAUCAUGAUGAAUCCGAUCAAAUCAGGAAAAUUUGGUAUUAUUACGUGGAAGUUGGCUUUACGAUACUCUUUAAUACGGAAGUCAUCAUAAAGAUUUAUGCAUUUGGAUGGAAAGCUUAUAUUGCACGUGGGCAACAUAAAUUUGAUUGUAUUCUUUGCGUUGGUUCAAGCCUCAAUGCAAUAUGGGUUCUUUAUGAAACAAAUAUCUUCACAUACUUCCAAGUUUUCCGAAUUGCUCGACUUAUCAAAGCCUCUCCAAUGCUAGAAGACUUCGUUUAUAAAAUCUUUGGACCCGGAAAGAAAUUGGGAGGUCUUGUGAUAUUCACUGGAAUUCUUUUGAUCGUUACUUCUGCAAUUUCGUUGCAGCUAUUUUGCUAUGUGCCAAAAUUAAACAAAUUUACCAAUUUUGCUGUGGCUUUCAUGUCAAUGUUCCAAAUAAUAACACAAGAAGGCUGGACAGAUGUUGUCAUUGAAAUUCUAAGAGCAUGUAAUGAACAAGCGGUUCCAUUUGUUGCCAUCUAUUUUGUUGCUUAUCACUUACUGGUUACACUGUUCGUUUUGUCACUCUUCGUUGCCGUCAUUCUUGAUAAUUUGGAAAUGGACGAAGAAUUGAAAAAAGUGAAACAACUGAAAGCAAGAGAACAGGAUACAAUAAAGACAACACUUCCGAUGCGUCUCCGCAUUUUCAAUCGAUUUCCGACUGCUCCAACAAUGGUUACAAUGAAGAAAGUAUCGUCAGAGUUUCCUCUUCCAAAAAUUAGAGAUUCGUUUACAAGACAGUUUGCGGAUGAAUUCGUAGAGACAAGUGAUGAUACUAUUCAGGAAAUCGGAUUUAAAGUCCGAUCAAUGUUAUCCGGUAGAGGACCAUCUAAAGAAACACGUAUAACAACAACAAUCCGACAUGUUGGACAACUUUCAAACAAAACAAUUCUCACCUCAAUGCUCACUGAAUCAAAUCGGAAUCGUGCUCUUUUCUCGGAAUCAAAUCAACAUUUGGCUAGUUUAACCAGAAGUAACACUUCAUCAAAACACGGAAAAAGUGGAGCUUUAUCAACGAAUUCUCGAUCAAGAACACGUGGAUUGGCUUCAUUAAAAGGGAAACAUAUGGUGGAAGGAUUCAAAGAAAAUGGAGAUUUACGACCAGAAGACACUGCUAGAAAAGUGGAGAAGCAUGGGGAGAUUGAUUUUAAAGCAUUGCAAAUGAAAAGGGCUCAUGCUGAAAUUACAAGAAACCGAAUAGAAGAAGAAAUGCGCGAGAACCAUCCGAUGUUCGAUCGUCCGCUCUUUCUUGUUGGCAGAGAAUCGUCUCUACGUAGAAUGUGCCAACUCAUUGCUCAUUCCAGACAUUCAUACGAUCAAAAUGAUGGCCAACACAGAAAACAUUCGAAUAAAUAUAAACAAUUUCAUGACUUUCUGGCCAUCAUGACAUAUAUGGAUUGGACAAUGGUGCUAGUAACAACCUUAUCAUGUUGCAGUAUGUUAUGGGAAUCACCUUGGCCAACGACAGGAGAGAAUCUGAUUUUUAAUAACUUUUAUCUCCAAAUUGCUGAAUACAUCUUUGUGCUUGUGAUGAGUUUCGAACUAAUUGUAAAAUGCAUUGCAAAUGGUCUCUUCUUCACACCAAAAGCCUUGGUAACAGAUGUCGGAGAUAUUCUUACGAUUUUCAUUUAUAUUACAAGUCUAAUGUUUCUGAUAUGGAUGCCAAAUCACAUCGAAAUCAACAGCUGGGCUCAGCUUCUUAUGGUUUGCCGAGCAAUGAGACCAUUGAGAGUUUACGCGUUGAUUCCGCAUAUUCGAAGAGUCGUUGUGGAGUUAUGCAGAGGAUUUCGGGAAAUUUUAUUGGUAACAAUUCUUCUCGUCGUUCUCAUGUUCAUUUUCGCAAGUUUCGGAGUUCAACUAGUCGGUGGAAAGCUAGCAUCAUGCAAUGAUCCAAUGAUAACAUCUCGUGAAAACUGUACAGGAUUGUAUGACGUCAAAUUGUUUGUUACUCGGAUGGAAGUUUAUGGUAAAAAUGACAAUCUGAUGCAUCCUUCAAUCAUUGUGCCACGUGUAUGGACAAAUCCACGGAAUUUCAAUUUCGAUCACAUUGGGAAUGCAAUGUUGGCUCUUUUUGAAACACUUUCCUACAAGGGAUGGAAUGUAGUCAGAGAUGUUUUAUACUUGCGACAUGGAGCUUGGGCAGUUCUCUUCAUUCACAUUUAUGUAUUCAUUGGAUGUAUGAUUGGACUAACACUAUUCGUCGGUGUGGUUGUUGCAAAUUACACUGAAAACCGUGGAACAGCCCUUCUAACAGUUGAUCAACGUCGUUGGCAUGAUCUGAAGGCUCGUCUGAAAAUGGCUCAACCUCUACAUGUUCCACCGAAACCUCCGGAAUCUGCAAAACUGCGUUGUUACCUCUAUGAUCUGACGACGUCUCGAUGGUUCAAACAGUUAUUUGCUGUUCUUGUGGUUGUCAAUUCAUUUACACUUGUUAUUCCAUGGAAUGUUAGUGAAGAACAGGAUAGAAAGACUUUUCUGUUAUGUCUUACUGUCAUUUCUGCAAUUUGCAAUAUUUUAUUCACUUUGGAAUGCUUGCUGAAAAUGAUUGCGUUCACGUUAUCGGGAUUUUGGCAAUCAAGAAGAAAUCGAAUUGAUUUUAUUAUCACUAUCCUCGGAAUCAAUUGGAUUGUUUUUCAUUUUUUGUUUCAAUUACCUGCGUACUUUGCUGGUGGAAUAACCGAAUGGAAGCGUCUCACAUACACUUAUGGAUAUCUCGUCGUUAUACUCCGUUUUUUCACAAUUGCCGGCCGUAAAUCCACACUGAAAAUGUUAAUGUUAACAGUUGUAAUGUCAAUGGUUCGAUCAUCAUUUAUUAUUGCUGCAAUGUUUCUAUUGGUUCUUUUUUAUGCAAAUGCAGGAGUUGUGUUAUUUGGAAUGGUCAAAUAUGGACAAGCUGUUGGAAAACAUGUAAAUUUCCGAAAUGGACGAGAGGCAUUGGUGGUGUUAUUUCGAUCAGUUACCGGUGAAGAUUGGAAUGAUAUUAUGCACGAUUGUAUGAGAGCACCACCAUUUUGCAAUUGGCAUCCAGGGCUCAGCUAUUGGCAAACUGAUUGUGGGAAUUAUGUUGGAGCAAUUGUUUAUUUUUGCUCCUUCUAUCUCAUUAUCACAUAUAUUGUGCUCAAUCUUCUUGUCGCUAUCAUCAUGGAGAACUUCUCAUUGUUCUACUCAUCUGAAGAAGAUGCACUUCUCUCGUAUGCCGAUAUUCGAAAUUUCCAACUUGUUUGGAAUAUGGUGGAUAUUGAACAGAAACGAUCAAUUCCAGUGAGACGUGUCAAAUUUCUGUUGAGAUUGUUAAAAGGAAGACUGGAAGUUAAUGAUGAAUCCGAUGGAUUGUUGUUUAAACAUAUGUGUCAUGAAAUGGAACGAUUGCAUAAUGGAGAUGAUGUUUCAUUUCAUGAUGUUCUCAACAUGCUCUCGUAUCGAAGUGUGGAUAUUCGAAAAAGUUUACAACUGGAAGAAUUACUUCAAAGAGAAGAACUUGAAUACAUAAUUGAAGAAGAAGUUGCAAAGCACACUAUUCGGGCGUGGCUAGAGAAUUGUUUGAAAAACAUCAAAGCCAAGCAGAAUAAUACUCUUGGAAAAAUGAGCUCAAUUGGGUCAACAUUUGCAUUUCCACAAUCUCAAGAAGUAUUAACAAAAGGAGUUGUGCUCACGGAGGCUUCUCCUGAAGAAGAUUCAUUGCAAGGAGAUAAGGGCAGUGGAAAGAAGAAGGCUCAGAGAGGCAACUCUAUUACAGAGAUAGUGGCAGAAGCGCAAAAGAAAAGUGUAAAACGAGCAACUGAUAAAAUAAGUGAACGUCGUGGAACACUUCGUCAAAUGCAAAUGGGAACAUAUGAUGAAUUGGAAGAAGUUGAAGAAGACGAAGAUACUGACGGAGAAAUCAGAAGAUCAUCAUUUGAAUAUUCAGGAGUUGAUAUGAUUCAAAUGUCACAUGAAAAACAACUGGAAGAUGUGAAAACUUGGUGGACGUUGUGUGAUUAAACGGGUUGCAACCAUACGUGUUUGUUUUUAUUUUCAAAUUACCCUUAUUUCUUUCAUGUUUUAGGACAUUUCCAUAGCUCAGAGAAAGAAGCUCAGAUUAUGAUGAUCUUAGUAUUAUGAUACGGUUAUUUAGAAUAAAUAUAUUCCAUUUUUCAACAAAAAA